AAGGCAGCCGUCCUGCACGGCUGACGGCCGUAUGUAGUUCACAGCGUAGUAGUUUGCCAGCCAUCAGUACGAUCGCCGCGUGCGGACGACUACCUAGAAUUAUCUUAAUUUAGACUAUAUAUCUGCUUUUACGAUGAGUUAUAAUGUGUUUCCAUAGAUUAUUUUUAUUCGUUCGUGUUAUUUCAUUACUCAAAAUGUAAAGAGUUUCCGAUUUCUUACGCGUCUCACCCCGGUGAACGAAAAUCUUGCCGUCGGCCUCCGCGGUUUCCAACUUAUACUUGUAAUCGGUUGUUUGGUUGUCACAUAAAAUAGAACUAUGCAACAAUGUGGAUUUUGUUCAAUGCUGUCAGGUUUUUUUAGACGUGCUAUGUGCGUUGGGAGCAGGCGGAGUAGCAGCGAGUCCUACUACCGAGAGCUCGGGGAUCAAGACACCCUGAAAAUCGACGAUCAAUCGGUGUUCUCCGAUGAUUCCGAAGAAAUAGUUCAAGUGGAGCAACCGAGGCGGCAAGUGCUGGAGCCGAGCGAGUUGGACAGCAUGGCCCGGCGGCUGGUGUGCACGGGCCGCUUCCUCACGAUGCACAAGCGCCGCAAGAAGCGCCUCCUCACCCGCUCCCUCUGCCAGGAGGAGGCGCUCCUUGACGACCUUCUUAUCGGACAAGUCAAGUGCAUCCUGCAGCAGUCGGUGCAGUGGAAAUUCAACGCGUUCACCUUGGAGAACGUCUCCGGCGGCCGCUGCCUGCCGGUACUCUGCAUCCACCUGUUCCACAUGUACGGGCUGAUCUCGCACUUCAAGCUGGACGUGGCGAAGGCGUGGCGGCUGUUCAGCCUCAUCGAGGAGGGCUACCACAGCACCAACCCGUACCACAACUCGGUGCACGCCGCCGACGUGACGCAGGCCAUGCACUGCUUCCUGCAGCAAAAGCGGAUCCGCGAGCACCUGGAGCCGCUGGAGGUGAUGGCAUCCCUGCUUGCCGCCAUCGCGCACGACAUGGACCACCCGGGCGUCAACCAGCCCUUCCUCAUCGCCACCUCCAACCACUUGGCUGCGCUCUACCAGAACACAUCGGUGUUGGAGAACCAUCACUGGCGCUCGGCGGUCAGCUGCCUCAUCGAGAGCGGUCUGCUGGAGCGCGAGCUGCGCGUGCGGCUCGAGCGGCAGGUCAGCUCGAUGAUACUGGCGACGGACAUCACGCGCCAGCAGGAGUACCUCAGCCAGUUCAAGACGUACAUAGACACAAACACACUGGACUUAAAGAAGAGCGAGCACCGUCACUUGGUGCUGCAGAUCGCGCUCAAAUGCGCCGACAUAUCGAACCCAUGCCGGCCCUGGGAGAUCAGCAGGAAGUGGAGUCUGAAGGUGUGCGAGGAAUUCUUCCGCCAGGGAGACUACGAGCGCAAGCUGAACUUGCCCGUGACCGCCUUGUGCGACAGGCACACCACCUCCAUCCCAAAGAUACAGACAGGUUUCUUCAAAUUUGUCGUUACCCCUUUGAUCACGGAAUGGCACAAGUUCCUGCAAAAUGACUUGUCAGCGCAAAUGCUUGAGAAUCUGAAAUACAAUCAGAGCAAGUGGGAGUCGCUGGUCGUACAGGAGAUGGCCGAGGAGACGCGGACUGAGAUCUCUGACGCUGAUAUGGUCGACGACGAUCUAGAAACAUGCUCCGGAACCAACAUCUCGGACAGCUCGGAGAUGCUUUUACCGCUGCGCAGGAGCUCGCUCAACCCACCGAAACCGAUUAGUCUGCGCGAGCAAUUGCGCCGGUUCUCUGUGCCAUUGAACGUUUUCCAGGAUUCGCGGUACAAAAAUAAGAGCCGAACGGGCUCUGUGGCUGAAGAACAGAGCCGGGAGCAAGGCAGCGCUAUGGGAAGCGAAUAUUCGCUCCACUCCCAGCUCAGCGUGCGCGGACACUGCGAGCACAAAGAAGCUGAAGAAAAAGUUCUUAGCACUGAGAAACUUUUGCCCGAUUCGUCGAUAGCCUCCAUCACUACCCCAGUGCAGGCGACGCGUCUGAAGACCGUCCUCAAAGAUGGUGGCAGCUGGAAGUUGGUUCGCCAGCAAACUUUCCCGCCAAUGGAGAUGUCCGGCCAGGCUCAGGCGCUGCUCUGCCGCCCGCUGUACACGAGUUCGGAGGACACUACCUAUCCUUCAAGCCAGGCGGCCGAAUUAUUCGAUAGAAGCAAGAUGGAGGGACAGAUGUGCAUAUUCCUGAACCCCGAGAAACCCGAGGAAAUUGCGCCCGUCGACGAGGAGGAGCAUUAUGAAGAAAAGGAGAACAUAAACACAUCGAACCGCUCCGGGAACGGGUCUAGUCGCCGCUGGGAAGUGGGCAGCCAGCUCAGGGAGAACUUGUCUACCGUGAGCCUAAGCAUGUUCCCCACGGGAGAGAUGUUGGGACGCAGGAAGUCCAUGCCAGCUGAUGAUGUUUACGCUCCCAAAGAAAAACGCAUGCGCGAGGUCGCCGCUGCCAUCCCGGAGAUGCUGCGCCACACGCUGAUCGGGAAGGAGUCGCCGACGCGGCGGCGCGGCUCCGCCCCGGCGCCGGUCAGCGCCUCGGAGCUGCCGGGGCUGACGGCGCUGGCGCGGAACGGUGCCCAGAGCGGCCGCAGAAGGCCGGCCCCGGUCUCCUGCCAGCAAUGGAUGAAGGACCUCCCGCACAUGAACCGCCGAAGCUCACUACCCGCUGAGGUGAUGACAGGGAUCUCAUCCCGCUGAGCUGUCCUCAUCAGACAACUCGGUGUAAGCGGAGUGACGUCACGCGUCACGUAACAUCCUACCAAAAUGACAAUUAGCUAAGUCUCUAGUACAAAUUUUUAUUUUAUGGAUUUAUUUAAAUCAAAUACCUUUAUUUAGGUUGUGUUCUUUUCUGUGAAUAUGUUGAUUCUAUUAUAAUUGUAAAGCGCAAAUUUUUACGUCAACUUCGUAUCAGUCAGUGCAGCUCAAUUGAAACGACGACUGAGUGUGAAUAUAUUGCAUUGUCUCUUUUUAAUUUAGCUCCAUAAGAAGUGUUAGUCUCAUUUUUAGUAUUUAACAUCUAUAUAGUCAUAGUUUUAGGCGUCGUACAUAUUUUGGACAAUUUCUAGUAGUGUGUAUAUAGUAUGCGAUAGGAAAAUUCAGUAUUAUUCAAUUUUCUUUGUAUAUUGUAUAAUUGUUAUAGUGCAUAAUAACUAUUGAUGUAAUAGAUGCGUAUGAAUAUCAUUGAAAUGGAUUUUAACUUGUCUAAACUGAUUAUAAAGUUUUUAACGUUCACUUUAUGUAGACCUUUCAUCGAGUCCAGUUACUUCUCUGUCGCACUCAUACUUUAUAUAAAGGAAAGAGACACACAAUAAAACACCGAAUUUUUCGUACAAACUCAACAACUAGGUUGACAUUGAAUGUUCGUUCCACCAACCACGUACGAAUAAAAAGUUGAAGGGUAGCAGGACUUUAUGAAUGGAUUAGUUAUAUAAGGUUAUUCAUGUACAUGUAAAUUUUUGAAAUUUGUAAAUUAUAUUCAAUCCUAAAUAUAACUAACUACCUAUUCGAUGUUUAAUAUGAUAUAAAAUUAUUAAAUAAACAACAAAAAAAAAAAACAGAACUAUCUUGGAGAUGACUGUAUGGCAUAAUAUUUUAUUUACGAACGAAACGUGUAAAUUUAAAUUUGCAAAAAGUUGUGCCAACUAUUUUCGAUAACGGCUUUUCAAAAUUUUUAAUAUUUUAUAUCUAUAACAAUUUGUAUACAUCUCCGUAUUGAGUAGAUUUCGUACGUCUCGUCUGCAAACCUGGUGAGAAAUAUUCUCGCUUAUGUGUGCUUAGGUCCAAUGUCAUUAACAUUCGUCAUUUACAUACAAUAAAGAAAACAAAUAAAAAAAAUAUUUUAUCCAUAAGAUGGCAGGGAACCGCGCUCAUUUGUAAAUAAUACAAAUCAUUAAUCAAAUCACAAAUUUUAAAAUAGAUGACGCUUAUUGUAGUUCUAAGUACUAAUUAUAUCUCUAGUCUAGUCUAAUUAUUAUACACGUAGUUAUAUGUGUGCGUGAAAGUGAGGAAGCGCCACCUGGCGGAGGUCUACAACGACUAUUGAGGUACAAUGGCGGAGAGCCGUUGGGAGCAAUUCGAUUUGACUGAAAUUUUGCAACGCUAGAUGAGGUGGGACUGAGGGUCCGGGGUGUUAUGCCGCGAUCUGAUCGGACGUGAUAUCAGCGCAACACGCCAGAUAUGCGCUCGGGGUUGGCUUUGGCAGAACUGAAGGUGUAGGUACAGAGAUUCCGAACGAGUCGAGACGAUCGGGCCAACUCGGCCGUGUGUCAAAUACAUUAUUCUACCAGUGUCACGUAGCGUUAGAAUUGUGUCCGCUUCAAUAUUUACGUCUACUAAAGUGGACACUUCACAUGAUAUUAGUACCAAUAUGUAUUUUGAGUUUUCGAAUGAUUUGUGUGGGUGCUGUUUUGUUUUAUGGGUCAAAAGUGACGGGCACAAAUAUUGAGGAAUGGCUUAGCGUAAAACGUGCUCAAACUAUCGUUUAUGCAAAUCUUAAUAUUUAGUUCUAGACGUCGCGGUUGGUUAAUGUAUCUUUCUUGAAGCUUUAACACAUCCGUAUGUAUUGUUUCUUUUAUUCUGUCGCCGUGCGUUUCGACCGCGACGCCAUCAAUAUCUGCUUUAUAGUAUCUACCUAAUCCUGUGCUCGGAUUCUAAUAUUUAUUUUAUUCCUUGGCUAAAGGUAUCUCUUGACUGUUUAUGUUCAAAAUUUCUAUUGAGCAUUGAUUAAAUAAUAUUCUCUGUGUAACAUUAAAGUGUAUUUUAUCAUUAAAUGUAUAUGAAUGUCGUGGAAAACAAGUAGGUGUUAAAGUUAAUGUCAAAACUCGACAUCGGUUGCGAUAACUAAAUUCAAAUUGCCUUGAAUUUGACGAAUUUCUAGAAGUGAUAGAUAGUGUAAGUAUUAAUUUGGAGGCAGGUUGGGAUUGGGGGGCAUGUUUUGUGAGGAGUUGGGGGUUUUUUGUUCUUGAAUCUCCACACUAUUUUCUAUAUACGACGUAGACCGUCGUAUUCGUUCUUUCAGAACUUUAUUUAUUGUCUAAUUUAUGUGCUCUUCGUUUAAUUAUGGGUAGUGGUUAUGUAGAUGUAAAUAAAUAUAUCUAAAGAGUGGGGUGAGAGCGGCGGGCCGCGGAGUGUGGUGUGACGACAAAAUUGCUAAGUAAAAUAAGGAUAUUUAGUUAUGGAACCGUUGUCGAUCCCCGUAGAUCCCAGUUCUGAUGUCGUGGUAGCCACUUGGCCAUAUUUGGCUCUAAUGUACUGUAAUUACGUAACGUAGAUGAUACCCCCUUACUGUAGAACUAAAUAUUUCAUUCGACACCAUUUUAGGUGUAUUUUUAAAUUAUUAUUCAAUUUACUGGCGCGUUUGUUUUACACGUCGCGUCUUGAUUUUAAUCUUUGAUUUUAUUUUUGCAAUUAAUAUUGUUUGUUAGACAUGUUACAAGUUUUUGUUCAACGCAACGGUGGUGAUUCCUGAUAUUUCAGGAUUUAUGUGUAUUGAAUUCUAUUAUAUUGAAUUUUCAUUGUGUUAAUUGACGUUUUUACUAUUCUAUUCAUGAUUUUGCAGCUAUUUUCCUAUUUUUUACACCGUGCUAUCUACCAUCUGUUGCGUUAAUAUGAACUUCCUCGAUCCUUUUUAGCAAAUAAUAUAUUUGUUAAUAAUAACCAGUAAGUGGACUAAGCUAAGUAUAUGUGUAAUUACGUUCCUGAUAAUCUUGGAAUAUAACGUAAUUUUGUUUUAAUUUAUUAAAAAGUGCAUAUCAGUGAUGCUCUUAGGCACCUUUGAUGUUAAAUGUAAUCGCACAAAGCAUUAAGAGGCAAUUCUAACUACAUUUCGACCAAAAGAAUUAAAACUGCACUUUAUUGUAAUAUAUAAAUUUAUAAGAACACAACAGCGCCAUCUAGUCAAUAUCCUUCUGACUACAAGAAACUUGUCACGAUAGCGUUGCAAAUAUACAAAAUAUGCUUUUAAAAUGUUUAUGACUCGUCUCAAAUUGUGGGUUGUCUUUCGCACUAAAUUAUUUGAAGUUAUGAGAAAGAGUUAUAAGGAGCAAUUGAAAUUUUGUUUUGUUCCUAUGCGACGUUAUUUAUCCUAUUGCAUUUAGUCUCAAACCAAAAUAUCAAAUGAAAUAAUGAGUUAAGGAGUAUUUCAGUUUCUUGUUGACUUUAUUUUUAAUUAUUGACUUCAAUAUGACUAUUUAUUGACUUUAUUUUUAAUUAUUGACUUCAAGAUACGAUAAAAAUGCGUGACAAAUUGCGACAUGAUUGAUUGAUUUUUGUUCUUUUGGUCGAAAUUGUCAUAAUAAUCUGUUUCGGUGUUAAAUGUUUAUUUUAUAAGUACAAUAAUUUAAUGUUAAGUACAUUUGAAACGCGCUGGUAGCACAUAUGUGGUUUAUUAAUAUUGUUCGUUUAUUUUUCGGUUUUAUUCAUCAGUUGAGUUUUAUUUUAUCGGAUUUUGUUUAUCCAUUUUUAUUUUGUUUUUAUUUUUUUGGAAUAUUUCGCAUUAUAAUUUACAAUGAAAAUUUGUUACAUGUUCAUUUAGUACUUAAAAUAAAUAUUUUAUAAAUAUUAUUUUGUUGGUUUUUUUCCUUUUUGUAUAUAUUUAUUCUUUUUUUUCUCAUAUGUAUUUCAUUACACGGUUGGUAAAGUCCACAGUGUUGCCUGCAGUCUCUUCGUGAGAUUAAUAGACUUUAAAUUAUAUUCAUUAUGCUUGUUACUUAGAAUUCAUAAUUUAAUAAAUAGGAACCAAAAAGGAGACGGUUUCUGAAUUAAUUGGAUUUUGUUCUCCAUUAUCCAGGUUGAAAUAUAAAAAUAAAAAAAGUUUUUAAUUUAUUCGAGAGGAUAAUUAAUUCUACAGUUGUUUGUUUUUAAAUUUUGUAAGCGAAAGGUAUUUUAUUUAAUUAAAUAUAAAUUAAUUUUAACUUAAAUAUUAAAUAAUUUUUCAAACUAACUCGCACAAAACAUUCGAGGCACGCUGUGGAUAGUCACAACUCGACCCAUAUAAUAUUGUAGUUUACGUAUUUUAUACCUACCAUCGAAUUUAAAUUUUAUUAAACUUUAUGACUUGGAAUGUUUACAUCUUGAAGACUGCAAUUUAUUUACUAAUUAUAUUGUAGUGAUGCCGCGGGGCGAACACUAGUCAACUCUCAGGAUCGACUGCUGACCAGUCGAGAUAUUUCAUAGUUUUAAUACGCGUACUGUAUCUUUGUAUAUAUAAUCUAUAUAACUAUUAGCUUCUAAUACAUUUUCAUAUUAGAGUAGAUUUUCUGGUUAUAUACACGUGGCCCACUCCUGAGGUUGAUUAGUUGACAAUCAUGUAUUACUGUUAAAUGCGUCUGCUAAAUCCGUUUUUAUUAGUACUUCAUU